AUGUCUACGGCUGAAGAUCCUUUCGUCUCUCCCUCCGGGGAGAGAACCGCUUCUCGCGACUCGCACAAGUAUUCGUCCUUUGACACGCAAUUGUUCAGCCUGAAUGCGUCUUCUCCCGCUCAAGCCAAACGGGCGCUCGAGGCCCAUCUGGCGGAAACUGAGCGUCGACUCGAAGAGGCCGGUAAGCUGGGCACGACACUGAUUGAACAGCAGCGGCAACUCGAGGAAAAGCUGCGAGAAGUGGAACAACAGCAGGACGAGGGCCAGAUUGGUCCGGACCUCCGGCGCAAGCUGGCGGAUCUGGAGAGAGAAUACAAUGAAAUCGGCCGGGAAUCGGCUCGCGCAUUCCUCGCUCCCAAGCGUUUGGCUAGCGGCGAAGAUGGCCACCUUGGGACUCCGUACGAGCAAAAGUCACCUAUUAGCUCCGCACUGUUUGCCGGUCAGGCCACCAACUCCCCUAGCAAGGUCAGCGUUCCGUCACGAAAGCAGCGCAACCAGCCCUCAAACCGUGUCCAUGACAUCGAAUUCGCUACCGAGAUUUCCACCUCCCUGCUUGCUCAGGUGCGUCAAUUGCAGACUCUCCUCGCCGAGCGGGAGGAGGCACUCAAGGCUGUGAACCUUGAGAAGUCGCGACUCGAACUCGAGGCCGAGGGGUAUGCCCAACGAAUCAGGGUGCUGGACGAGAGCGAAGAGCGCUACAAGGAUGAAAAUUGGGCUUUGGAGACUCGGACCCAUGAGUUGUUGACCGCAGCCAAGGAAGCGGCUGAUCGUGAAAGCAGGCUGAACAGCAGCCUGGGGGCGUUGGCUACCGAGAAGAGCGCCAUGGAACGGGAGCUCGAGGAUCUGAGACAUGCGAACGCGAAGUUGGUCGAGGACCACACCGCUGCUCAGAAAGCUAACGAUGCCGAGAUUCACCUUCUCCGUCGCAACCUUCAUGCUGGUGAUACUGAGAAACUCGCCCUGCAAAAGAAAGUCGAGGAACUGAACUCUCAAAACGAGGAACUCGCCAAGGCGGUGGCCAUGCGCCUUCGCCAGCAAGAACAUGAGCUUUCUCGUGAAGUCCAUCGCGAUCAAGACUCCGACGACCAAGAUCAGUCGACGCCCGAAAACUCCCCGCCACCGUCUCCGAACAGAUUCACCCCGCGUCACAACCAUCUCGAAACGGAGACGUUGAAGAGUUCGCUCGGUCAUGCUCACCGCAUGAUCCAGAACCUCAAGAGCACUAUCCAUCGUGAAAAGACCGAAAAGAUCGACCUGAAGCGUAUGCUGCAGGAAGCCCGCGAUGAGAUCGAGCAAAAGCGCCGUGAAGCUGUCGCACCAACCGGUCCUUCCAGCAAACGCCAGAAGACCAAGCCCGACCCUGCCCGUAAGGCCGCACGGCCUGACCUACUGGGUGCCGGGCGAAAGAGAGCGGAGAUCGAGAUCCAUGAAUCGGACUGGGAAGACAAUGCUACUGACGCCAGCCCCUCCCAUAAAGCCACUUUGAAAGCCUCCCGGGCCCGCAUGGGAGGACCGUCGUCCGAAGAACCGAGUGAUGCUUACCAGACCGCCACCGAAGCCGAUGACAAUUUCGAGACAGCCACGGAACGAGGAACAGCCACGGAGAGUGAAGCUUUCCAGACUGGUCUUGAGAGCAUGGCUGAUGAUAGCACGGACAGCGGAGAGCUCACCGAGACUGACAAUAGGCUGCAGAGGACUCCGCGCGGACGAGUGUCGUCUUUCACGAUGACCAAGACUCGCGACCGGAAAGCUUACGAGAGCACGGCUUCCAACUCCAGCGACGAGGAUGCAAUUGACGAAGAAGGCUUCCCGUCACCCAGUCAAGUCAGCCCUAGGUACAGGGUGAGGAACAAGAGAAGCAUCGUCAGGAGGAUCCGUCCCUCUGGCGAGGCUCCGAUGGCUUCGAACAGCAGGCCCUCUACCGCCCGCGAAUCGCCUGCCACGAGCUUCAUGCAAAGUCCAGAAAGCACCGAAGGGCAGAGUCUCUUCAUGGAGCUUGCCGACUUGGAUGGCGAUGAUGACCAAGAGGGUGACUUUGGACCCCCGAUGCGGUUUGACACGGCAUCUCAGGCCUCGACCCCGCGUAUGCUCCCAGCUUAUGAUUCAAGACGUCCCUCGGAAGCUGUGCUUGACACAGUUCCCGAACCUGUUAUGGUUGAUGCUGGUAUGAUGACGGAGCCGUGGGAGCCCGCCGUUCCUGCUGCAGUCACUGCUGUCCCUCUCAGUGAGGAGACAGUCAAUGGUGAACACGUAUUGCCCUCGAAGCCAACCAUGUCUGAUGCUGGCACUGCGACGGAGCAAGAGCAGGCACCGGAAGUGGUGCACGCCUCAACUCAAUGGAAUCUUCCUGCAUCGGAGGCUGUUGUCGCCGAGACUCAACGAGAAGUGCAACAACCUUCCACUCAAUUGAACUUGGAAUUUUCUUCUGUAGCUGCUCAGGAAACCAUUCCAUCUCCGCCCAGACACCCCCAGUUGAAUACUGCAUAUGCUGUUGGAGUUACGACCGAACCGAUUGCCUCCGUCGUUCCUGCUCCACCAGAUGUAGCCUUGUCGUUGAUCUCCUCUGCUUACACUGAGCCGGUCACUGCGAGCCUCCCUCAGCCUGCACCAGUAUACGUUCCCAAUGUGGCGGUGUCGACAAUCUCUUUCCAACAUACCCCGCCUAUCGUGGCAGCCCUCCCUGAGCCCGCGCCAGUGGCUACUCUUGCUGAACAUGGCACCAAUACUGAGACUCGGGAGCUCGCCGUCUCAUCAAUCUACUCUUUGGAGACCGAGCCUGUCGCAGCCAGUCCCAAGCCAACCCCGGUGCCUGUGAUCAUUGAGAAGCGUGUCGAAGUUGAGCGUGAGCUUCCGAUGCUGACUCUGUCGUCGAUAGUCGCUCAGCAGACGGAACCUGUCCUGGCCACAACUGAGCGCAGCGUAGACCUGGAGCAUGAAUCUGUGGUGGAGUCAGCCAAAAAACCCGAGCUUCCGGAACUGGCUGCAUCGUCAAUUUUCUCACAACAGACCGAGCCUGUCCUGGCUCGAGAUGCCGCUGAGCCCAAGCUUUUGGACUUGAAUGUUUCUGUCAUCUCAUCGGAAUGCACGGAACCAGCUGCACCACAGUUGCACGAGGUGCCGAUCGCUCCAGCUUCUCAAAUCUCACUGUCCGAUGUGAGAGCGGUGGAAACGAUUCCCGUCAAACAUGUUCCGUCGGCAAUUGUUGUGCCCCCGGUUCAGCUGACCCAUGGAAACACGCCAUCGGCGCAUAGCAUGCAUAUGGUCAAGGGUCUCCCUGCUUCUGAAUUGCCAUUGCUCGUUGUCAACGAUGAUGGUCCAGAAAAGAAUGCGGCCAGUGGUACAAACGGAACGACGCCAGACCCCACUCUACCAUUGAGUACAAUUUCUGGCAAUGCUGUCCCACGCCAGACAAGACAGCAAUCAGUUGGUCGUGCGGAACGGGCUGACCAGGGAGCCCAAACAAUCCUGUCGUCGAAGCAAAUUGACCAGAUUCUCAUGGAUCGUGUCACCACCCGGCCCCUAUCUCCUCCGGACAGUGACAAGGCCAAGGAACAGAACACCUCACCAUUUGCCACACCCCGAGCACGCACUCGUCCCACUCAUCAGUCCUCUCAAUCCUCCCUCCCAUCCCACCAGCUCAGGCCGGGCAGUUCGCUUAGCCAUACCUCAAGCAUCCAGAGCCACCCACCUUUGCCUACUGACCACAAGGAGGCUAUCAUGGCGGCCGAGAAACGAUCAUUGGAUCAGCAGCCAUCUUCUCCAGCGUUGAUGGGUCCGCCCCUUGCCCCAGCCUCCGCUCACCGAACCAAUGUAGGCCAGCGCCCGCGGACUCCCAACGAGUCGGGUCUUCAGGUCAACUCGACGUCCACCACGACCUCUAGAGUCAAGUUGAGAAACGAGAGUAACAGCCACAUCUCACGACGGUCGUCAGUCUCAUCUUUCGCCUCUGAGAUCGAUGAGCGGUUCGCCGCGCAGCCUAUUGGCCCUCAGGGUUAUGCCGCUGGUACGGACCCGAGGAUGAUCCAGGCUAUCACGCAAACGAUGAUUGGCGAGUUCCUCUGGAAGUACACUCGCAAGACUGUCACUGGAGAGGUUUCUAGCACCAGACAUCGUCGCUACUUCUGGGUUCAUCCCUAUACCCGCACGUUGUAUUGGAGUGCACAGGACCCCCAGACCGCCGGCACGCGUGAACUGAAGACGAAGAGUGUUCCCAUCGAGGCUGUCAGGGUCGUUCCUGACGACAAUCCUUACCCCCCUGGCCUCCACUGCAGGAGUCUGGAGGUGGUCAGCCCCGGUCGCCGGGUUCGAUUCACAGCGACCACCAGUCAGCGACACGAGACCUGGUUCAAUGCACUAUCGUACCUCCUGCUGCGCAACUCGGCGGAGAAUGGGGAAGAACAAGAGAGCAACGCUUCGUUGCAAGACAUCGAUGAGUUUAACCCGGAGUUCCACUCACGCUCCCGACAGACCUCAAGGCUCUCUUUCUCCUCUUCGCGCAGUCGCACUGCACGGAAUUGGCCGAAGGAGCGAGCUGGCUCUACCAUUUCAUCGCGCCGGACACUGACGCCGGGUCGAGGCUCUCCUUCACUUGCUGCCCCAGCCCCGUUUACUGAGCAACGGAACGGUUCUAGCUCUCGUCUCAGCACGAUCUUGAAUACGACGAUCAAGGGCUCAUUUGGUCGUAAGGGUCCGCGCUAUGCGAGCUCGAGCGUCCAUGAAGGAAGCGUCCACACCCGUGACAGCCACGAUGACUUUCGGCAUACGAUGGAGAGACAAGAAAGCCAAGGGGAUCGACUUGAGAAUGUCCGAGCUUGUUGCGAUGGCAAACACGAUGUCAGCGCCUUGUCCAGGACUAGUAAAUAUAGCCCGCGCGUGAACCGCAUCCAUUCCCAUCAUUAA